ACUGUACUUCCCACAACGUGCGCCUUCAUCCUGAUGAUGAGCUUGAGUGUCUUGGGUCAAGACUGUCCGCCACCGGACACAGGCUACUCCAUCGUUGUAGUCAUCUCCGCCACAGUUACCAUCGUUGUAGUCAUCUCACUCCCAGUCUCCAUCGUUGUAGUCAUCUCCGUCCAAGUCUCGGUCGUUGCAGUCAUCCCCGUGCAAGUAACCAUCGUUGUAGUCAUUCCCGUCCCAGUUACCAUCGUUGUAGUCAUCCCAAUCCCAGUCUCCGUCUAUGUAGUUAUCCCAGUCCAAGUCAUCAUCUUUGUCGUCAUCUCUAUCCUAGUCUCCAUCGUUGUAGUCAUCUCCAUCCCAGUCUCCAUCGUUGAAGUCAUCCCCGUCCCAGUCGCCAUCUAUGUAGUCAUCUCCGUCAAAGUCCCAAUCGUUGUAGUCAUCUCCGCCCAAGUCUCCAUCGUUGUUGUUAUCUCCGUCCAAGUCCCAAUCGUUGUAGUCAUCCCCGUCCCAGUUUCCAUCGUUGUUGUCAUCCCGUCACAGUCUCCAUCGUUGUUGUCAUCCCCGUCCCAGUCUCCAUCGUUGUUGUCAUCUCCGUCCCAGUCUCCAUCAUUGUCGUCAUCUUCGUCCAAGUCUCCAUCGUUGUAG